AUGUUCGACCGCAGGCUCCUCAGCCUUGUGGCAUUAUACUCCCUAGGGGCUACGGCCUCAGUCAUCGUACGAAAGACAAACAAGGGGCCGACGGGUUAUGAAGUAGAUUUCCAAUAUAUCAACAAAACGGCGAGCCGCGUGCUUAUCGGCGGUGGCCUAGAGCCGUUCACGGAUCAGUUUCACACCACGUUAAACAACCGUGCGUGGUAUGACCCGCACGACUACCACCCGGGUGACUUCUACAUCAAUUCUGGGACGCCGGAUCCCGACUACCAAUGGCCGUAUGAGAUGACCAAGGAGGGUGAAGAUAGUCUGUGGACAUACACGACGCCGCUUCCCUCCGGCAUCUAUAGCUAUGCAUACUUGGUCAAUUGCGACUAUGCUCCUAACUGUAGCAUCGAUACCGGCCAGCUAGUCAUCGACCCAGAUCAACCCCCUUUCCAAAACGUUCAAGGCGAUCAGGUGGCGUCCAGCUUCCAGGUGCCGUUCGACGCACGAUUCCAGGGAACUGAUGAUAUUAACGCCAACUUCGACUACGCACUCUCGGCUCCAACCGAGUACCGUGGCACCAUCAAGUCCGUCAACUACACAUCGCCAGGAUCGAUCCACCCCGCGCCAGAUGUGCACCACUUCGCGCUGUACCUACCGGCGGAGUACGGCACAAUCCCCAACAAAAAGUAUCCCCUUCUCUAUCUUUCGCAUGGUGCCUUCGGCAACGGCAACGACUGGGAGAAUCAAGGUCGUAUGUCGAGCAUCGUCGACAACCUGAUUGUAGGUGGGCACAUUGAACCAACAGUCGUAGUCAUGCCAUCGUUCUACAACCUGGACGACAGUCUGCCCCGCUUCAUCAUGGGGAAUCAGUCAAAUUUUGCUCCAUUGCCGACAUCGAUCCACAUUCGGGAGAACUAUCAGAAGUAUCUGUUCCCAUGGGUAGAAGAGAACCUCGACGUCUGUAAUGAGACCUCAUGCCGCGCCUUCGCGGGCCUAUCCUGGGGCGGCCGGCUCACGUACGAGAUGUACGUCAACGCGACCGAUUACUUCGACUGGUUCGGCAUGUUCUCGCCGGCGACCGAAGGUCCAUACGUAGAUAACGUGACGUUAGCGGAGAACCCCGCGUUAGCGAAAAAGGGGGUAUUCGUGGCGUACGGAUUGUAUGAUCUUGUGUUCGACGCCGGGAAGGAUUUACAAGCGGCUUUGGAUAAGUUAGGAAUCAAGACCAUAUCACGGAUCUCGCCGUUCGGCGGUCAUUACUGGAAUACCUGGCAAGAUGAACUCUGGUGGUUCGGCGUCAAGGCUUUGUGGAAGCCGUUCCCGUAUACGGCGCAAACCGGGCGGUAG